AAACGAGAAAAAAAAACCUUAGCACUUGUAUUCGAGAGCAAAACCUGGUCGAUUUUCCUGGAAGUGGUUGUUUUUGAGUUUGAUGGUACUACGGGAUAGAAAAUUAAAAGUUUUUAAAGUUGUUUCAUUAAGUUUUCAUUCGCUAAGCUUAUUUUGUUCCGCUUUCGGAAAAAAAAUCAAAAGACGCUGAAAUUUCAUCAUUGAAGUUGAAAUUUUCGCUUCAAGCAGGUUGUAAAAUGUUGUAUAAUUCAACCAAUUGAUUCCACUGGGGGAGAAAAAAAAAAGUUUGCUGCAGAUUUUUGAUGUAAAAUUAUCAGCUGGUCAAGUGGAGCAGAGUGGUGCAAGCAAGUGCGAAUUGUUGUGUGUUCCUAAAACUAUGAAGUGAAAGGUCGAUUGCUUUCGUAAGCUACAAAAUCAGGAAGGAAAAUCUGCAAUCAUUCCAGAUUCUUGAGGAAUAAAAAAAAUCGGCAGCUAGGAACGAACCAAAAGCGAUUGUGGGAAUGUCUGCCACCUACAGCCGUGUGGACGAUUACCCGAUGAACGAUGGGCUGGAAUAUUUUAUCAAAUUCCCCUCGCCAAACUUCAGAACGGAGGCCCAGGGAGCGGAAUCGGACUACGUGUUUGUUUGCAACGAAACCAAUGUGCCGAUCGUGCUGCUGCUGGGAUGGGCCGGAUGUCAGGACAAGUACCUCAUGAAGUAUUCCAAGAUCUACGAAGAUCGAGGACUCAUAACAAUCCGCUACACGGCCCCGGUAGAAACCCUCUUUUGGAAGCGAGCCGGGAUGAUCCAGAUCGGGGAAAAGAUCUUGAAACUAAUCUACGAUAUGAACUUCGACAGCCAUCCACUGAUAUUCCACGUGUUCUCCAACGGGGGAGCUUUCCUGUACCAGCACAUAGCGCUGGCCAACCGGAUGUCCAAGAAACCGAUUCAGAUUUGUGGAAUGAUUUUCGAUUCAGCGCCCGGUGAUCGGAGGAUGUUAGGAUUGUUUCGAGCGGUGUCAGCCAUCUUUGGACGGGAACGCUGGGGAAACUUUCUGGUUUCCAGUUUUUUGACAAUUUCGAUGAUCCUGGCGUGGACUGUAGUGGAUGCCUACAACUACGUGUGGAAUUUUAUACGACCCAGCGGAUAUGAAGUACAAACGAAUCCUUCGCACAAUCUGAAAUUUGAAAGCAACUGUUGGCCUCAGUUAUACCUUUACUCCAAAGAAGAUCUACUGAUUCCGUACACGGAUAUCGAAAAGUUUGCCGCCUAUCGUCAAAGCAUUGGGACAGAUGUGCGGAUGAUAUGUUUCGAUCGAUCGGAGCACGUGAAACACUACAUUCGACACCCACAGCAGUAUAUCUACAGCGUGUGCAAAUUUAUCAACGAUUGCCUAACACUCUAUUAUGGAAAAUAUCAUUCCUAAGAAUUCCUUUUAAAUUAUAUACACUUUUGUAGGUAUCGAUCUGGUUACGAUUCUAAGAUCAUUAGACAACAGAAUCAGGAAGCCUUCGAAGCCAAAACGAGUAACGAGUUAGCAAAAUAAAACAAUUCUUACCCACUUUCCUACUACAGGGUAACCCGUGAAAACCUAGCUCCUAAACUAGCGAUGAAUUCAAUUUUAGAAUACUGAUCAAACAGUAGUCAAUAAAUAAGAAACAAAAUCUUUAAACUUCCUUUCAGCAUAAUUUUCUGCACAAAGAAUUAACAAAACGCUCAACAAGUUUCUAAUUAAGGUUUGCCCAAAGUAUGUUAUGAUCAUUUUUUCCCAUUCGCACAGAAUAUUUAACAUUCAGCCAAUAUACUCAAAGUAUUAGUUACAUUCGAAGGAACUUCGAGAAAGGUCUCAGUUCCGUUUUUUUGGUGAGAAAUAUUAACAAUUUAUUGUGAUAUUCAUCGGAAGCAAAACAAUAUAUGCCUUUUUCUUAGAAGCCCUUGAUUUUGUCCAACAAAUUAGUUGUUACUAAACUGCAAUGCUACAGAAGAUUGUUUGUUGCGAGUUGAAUCUUUGAGAUACGACAUGAAUAAAUUUAAG